AUGAAUGGGCGAUUCGAAACGUCAAACCAAGAUCCUACGGGACUGGAAAGCAUUCAGCCACUGAUCGAGGCCAUGUGCAACAAAGCCGGUGUUCCAGGUAUUGCCGUCGGCAUCAUUCAUCACGGCAACUUCUAUGAAUUCUACCAUGGCCGCCGAGACGUUGAGGCUGACCUGCCAGUCGACCGAAAUACCAUUUUCCAUGUGGCAUCUCUCACAAAAGCGAUGACUGCCACCGCCCUGGGCAUCCUCGUGGACAGAAAUAAGCUACAGUGGACCACUCCUGUUCAUGACAUCCUUCCCGAAAUGUCAAAGGAGACUGAUAUGUAUGCCGCCAAGCUGACCGUGCUGGACAUCCUCAGCCAUCGGACUGGUAAAGCUUGGGCGGAUGCGCUCUACCUCGAGUCCAACAACAGAAUCCUUCUCGCCAAGGAUCAAGCCAUCCCUACAUUUGACUAUUUGCCCCAGGUGGAGCCGGUGCGGAGCAAGUACAUGUAUAACAACCACGCCUACAACAUCGCAGGAUUGGUCAUUGAGAGAGUUUCCGGUGUCAGCUGGGAUACAUUCGUGUCAGAAAACCUCUUCUCUCCUUUGGGUAUGACGCGCACAUUUACGAGUAACCCAGAGGAUGACAACGUCGCUGCCCCUUACAACAUCUUGACCGAUCGAACUCCUCACCGCCUACCAUUUUGCAAUGUCUCUAAUGAGACUAUGAUGUUCGCCGGGCAGUCUAUCAGGACUAGUAUGGCGGACUUGCUAAAAUAUGCUGGAGCCUACCUGGAGGCUCUAGAGUCUAUGAUGCCAAAGAACGAAGCCCCUGUCUUUACAGUACCGUCAUCAGCGUUUCAGCCUUCUUCUCCAGCACCGCCUUUCACAAUAUCGCCGGUAAACCCAAUACGGGAAAUAGCAACCAUCAUCCGACCUCAUGUUGCGCGUCCUGUAGAUAGCCUAUGGGAGCAAACCUACGCCCUGGGUUGGAACAGAACCCAACUUCCUGGGAAGCUGGAUUUUGGGUGGAACAAGGAUAUGCUGGAGCCAUUUCCGCUGCUUGGUGAGCGAUAUCCGGGAAAGCUCGUCAUCUGGCACGGAGGGAACAUGCCAGGAACGACCAGCGCCAUUUGCCUUCUUCCAGAGUCUAAAACUGCAGUCGUGGUUUUGCAAAACUCCCUAGGACUUUGUGACAUUGCCGAUUGGACAUGUCAGGCUAUAAUCGACAAGCUCAUGCUUGGCGAGCCUGCCCAAGACUAUCUCUCGCUCGUCUCCAAGUGCGUUGAUAGCGGUGUUCAACGAAUGGAGAAAGUAGAAAUGGCGCUCGAGAAGGAACGCAUUGUCGGAACGAACCCGCGUCCCCUUGAAAGAUAUGAAGGAAGAUACUUCAACCGAAUCAAGAAUUGGUUUAUUGAUAUCAAGGUCACGGAUGGGCAACUGUAUCUCGAAUUCCUCGGCCGAGCAGAUGAACGAUAUCAAUUGCGGCAUUAUCACUACGACACUUUUGCUUGGAAUAUAUCCUACGACGACACUGUGAAACGCGCGCAGUACAUCCGCGCGCAUGAAUACUAUCGGUUUGAAUUUGAGGCCACGAGUGAUGGGGGCAUUUCUGGGCUGCGGUGGCGGCAUGAUAAGGCAGUUCCAGGCGGAGAGCUAUUCAAGAAAGAGACUGAACUGUGUGAUGGAUGA